UUACUCACCGAAGCUUCGGCAACGGCGUAACGUCAACAAGAUGUGAAAAAUGCUUAUCAUCGGUCGGUCCGUUCAGGUGUCAGUUGCCGCACUAAACUGUUGGUUCGACAUUUACGUGAAAAUAAAAUUACUAGUCCACACACAGUUCUUUUGAAUUUUCUAUUAUUUAGUGACAAUAUGAAUACUACAAAUACAAUGAAAUAUAAAUUGACAAUAAAAUGGUAGCUUACACAAUUUGAGUUCUCCUUAAAGUUAUGGAAAAAAUUAACGUAAGUGUCGUGGAAUUGUCAAAUAUUUCAGAAAAAAUUAUCGGAAUAUCAUGUCAAGACACAGUAGACGGCCCAUUAGAAUCAAUAGCUUUUAAAACUAUCGUUUAUUUAAUGUACUCGAUUGUAUUUUUUAUAGCACUAGUUGGAAAUGGCCUAGUGUGUUACGUGGUUAUGUUCUCAUCACAAAUGCGCUCCGUUACCAAUCUAUUUAUAAUGAAUAUGGCAGUCGGUGAUCUCCUCAUGACCAUUUUUUGUGUACCAUUCUCCUUUGUCGCUACGCUUAUUCUUCAACAUUGGCCAUUUGGCAAUGAUCUGUGUCAUACAGUCAGUUUUGCACAAGCAAUUGCAGUACUGGUUAGUGCCUAUACAUUAGUAGCUAUAAGUGUUGAUAGAUACAUAGCUAUCUUAUGGCCAUUAAAACCAAGGGCUAGCAGAUACCACGCCAAAUUCAUAAUAUUGUUAGUAUGGAUUAUAGCGGUUUUAACUGCAUUUCCUCUCUUAAUAGUCACUUCACUUGAUCAACCAUCAAGCUGGCAUCAGGAAUGUGGCGUGUAUAUUUGCGGAGAAACGUGGGCUAACGAUAAAGUCAGACAUUUUUACAGUGCAGCAUUAUUAGUUUUACAAUAUUGCAUACCAUUUGCUGUUUUAUUGUUUACAUAUAUCAGUAUUGGAGUAGUUGUAUGGGGUAAAAGAACACCAGGAGAAGCUCAAAACUCUAGAGAUGCUAGAAUGGCGAAAUCUAAAAGGAAGAUGAUUAAAAUGAUGGUAACAGUUGUCAUUGCGUUUACUAUUUGUUGGCUACCCUACAAUAUUUUAUUGAUUAUAUGGGAUCACGAACCAUCUUUGAGCACAUGGAAAGGCCUACCGUACGUAUGGUUCUUUUUUCAUUGGUUAGCCAUGUCACAUACGUGCUACAACCCUCUUAUAUACUGUUGGAUGAAUACCAGGUAUCGAACGGGCUUUGCGGCAGUAUUAAGUAGCAUUCCCGGAUGUAGAGGAUUUCUGGACAGCUAUCUGAAUUCACAGCAACAUCAGUUCCGCUACAGCCACAAUGACGCCAGCCAAAUGGAAGGCCUUCACCGAAUUAACACGUCGACAUCAUUCGUAUCUGUUAGACGGAUCAAAUCUUUUAAUGGGCGAUCUUGUGGAAGGAAUUAUCGUACAAACUGGCACGAAGAAAAAUUGUGAACUAUUACAUGCAAAUAUUAUAAUUUUUAAUUAAGUCAGCUCACAAUACCAGUGUCGAAUAAUAUGUCCAUCCAAAAAAGGCUAUCGUAUGAUAUUCAACACAUUAUUGUACGAGAAAGCACUUCGACAAAAACACUAUUUUGUUUGGAAAACGCUGCUAAGUAAACAUGCAAUAUGAUGAAAACCGAAAUUCGAUUUUUUAUGUUUGCAGUUCAUAAAAUAUUUGUACUUAUAUCAUCAGGGAACUGAUUUUCUUGUAAUAAUAUAAAAAAAUAUAUUAUAAAAUUCAA